GUCUGAUCCACAAAUGUCCGACAGGGAUGCGCGUACCCUCUGAAGGAUUUCCCUUUAUUUGUUAUCCUUGUUGAUUGCUUUGACAGCGAAAACCCCCCACAGUAAUAACAGACAAGAAUCGCAUUGCCAGCCAUGUCAGAGACAUACGAUUUUCUGUUUAAGUUUCUUGUGAUUGGGAAUGCAGGAACUGGAAAAUCAUGUCUUCUGCAUCAGUUUAUAGAAAAAAGAUUCAAAGAUGACUCGAAUCACACUAUUGGGGUUGAAUUUGGCUCAAAGAUUAUCAGUGUGAUCAACAAGUUUGUCAAGCUCCAAAUCUGGGAUACAGCAGGACAGGAGCGUUUCAGGUCUGUUACACGCAGUUACUACAGGGGAGCAGCAGGGGCUCUUCUGGUGUAUGACAUCACUAGUCGAGAAACGUACAAUGCUCUGACCAACUGGCUGACAGAUGCCAGGAUGCUGGCCAGCCAGAACAUCGUGAUCAUAUUGUGUGGCAACAAGAAGGAUCUGGAUGCUGAUCGUGAAGUCACCUUCCUGGAAGCCUCACGCUUCGCUCAAGAGAAUGAGCUCAUGUUUUUGGAGACAAGUGCACUAACAGGGGAGAAUGUGGAGGAAGCCUUUGUCCAAUGUGCUCGGAAAAUCCUAAACAAAAUAGAGUCAGGAGAACUGGACCCAGAGCGGAUGGGUUCUGGAAUCCAGUAUGGAGAUGCAGCGUUGCGGCAGCUGCGUUCUCCCAGACGGGCUCAGGCAGAGAGCGUGCAGGAGUGUGGCUGUUAGCACAGAUCUCCAGACAGCUGACCAACCAGGUUUUGUGAAUACAAGGACUUAAGACUCAUCAUGGUGGAGUGACUUUUCCCUCACCUUACUUUCUGUUCAGACAUGUCAGGGGUCUCCCUGCACUCCAGAAGACUCCGGAAAAUGUUUACUGUCCCUUCGGGCCCAGGCAAAGAAAACUUAAGAGGGUAGUUAAGAGACUUGGCCCUUGAACCUGAGAAUACUGCACUGAGCCCCUGCCCCCAUCUUUCCCUCUUAUGUACAGUAGAUCUUGUGUAGAGAAGAGAUUAUAUUAUCACCAUGGAGCAUGUUUCAUGUUUGCAGUACUAUAUCAUUAUCAUGAAUUACUAUAUACAGCACACAUAUAGCUUGGGCAUACUGCAAUACUGCUCUUUACCUGUAUAUAUAAUCAAUUAAAUUGAUCGUGCAUUGGCAACACAUAAUGUGCUUUUAAAAUAUAUAUAGUUAAGGGUAUUUUAUUUUGUUUCUCUCUGUCCUUUUUUAAUGUUAGUAUGGUUUGUAGGAAAACAUACUAGAACAUAUGUUUUAUAAAAGUGGCUUUUGACGAACAUGUUUUAUUAAACGUUUGACAUCUGUUAAGUUUCACACUCAAUCAUUUACAUUCAAAAUAUUUUGUAAAUAGCCACAACGAACUUACCUACAUAUCAUGCUGUAAUAAAGUGUCAGUAUGAUCAGCUUCAAA